AGUCUCCAAGCUCCCGUCGUCCCACACAGCCGGAACGAUUCAACGGUCAGAGAUGGCUCUAUCGCGCCUAGCUUCCUCCUCCGGCUCCAGUCUCCUGAGGCCCCUCACCUCCGCCUUAUCCCUCACCCCAUCUCUCCGCCGUCCGAUCUCAUCCGCCGCCGAUGACUCCACUACCCUCACAAUCGAGACGUCCAUCCCCUUCACCUCCCACAACUGCGAGCCGCCGUCGCGCACGCUCGACACCACUCCCAAGGAGCUUAUGACGUUCUUCCGCGACAUGGCGUUGAUGCGCCGGAUGGAGAUCGCCGCCGAUUCGCUCUACAAGGCCAAGCUGAUCCGUGGGUUUUGCCACCUGUACGACGGCCAGGAGGCCGUCGCCAUCGGCAUGGAGGCCGCAAUUACCAAAAAGGACUGCAUCAUCACCGCGUACCGUGACCACUGCACCUUCCUCGGCCGCGGUGGGACCCUCCUGCAAGUUUUCUCGGAGCUCAUGGGGCGCAAGGAUGGCUGCUCCAAAGGGAAAGGUGGGUCGAUGCAUUUCUACAAGAAGGACGCCGGGUUCUAUGGCGGCCACGGCAUUGUGGGCGCUCAGAUUCCUCUGGGAUGCGGAUUGGCUUUUGGGCAGAAGUACUCCAAGGACGAAACGGUGACGUUUGCUCUCUAUGGUGACGGUGCGGCCAAUCAGGGGCAGUUGUUCGAGGCGCUAAACAUUUCUGCGCUUUGGGAUCUCCCUGCAAUUUUGGUCUGCGAGAAUAAUCACUAUGGAAUGGGUACCGCCGAGUGGAGAGCGGCGAAGAGUCCCGCAUAUUACAAGCGCGGUGAUUAUGCUCCCGGCUUGAAGGUGGACGGUAUGGAUGUGUUUGCCGUAAAGCAGGCAUGCAAGUUUGCAAAGGAGCAUGCUCUGAAAAAUGGACCCAUUAUUCUUGAAAUGGACACUUACAGGUACCAUGGUCAUUCUAUGUCUGAUCCUGGUAGCACCUACCGCACACGUGAUGAGAUUUCUGGCAUAAGACAGGAGCGUGAUCCAAUUGAUAGAAUAAGAAAGCUGAUAUUUGCUCAUGAUCUAGCUACUGAGAAGGAGCUAAAGGAUAUUGAGAAGGAAGUAAGAAAAGAAGUUGAUGAAGCCAUUGCUCAAGCCAAAGAAAGCCCAAUGCUAGAGCCCUCUGAACUCUUCACAAAUAUCUAUGCGAAAGGCUAUGGAACUGAGUCAUUCGGAGCAGAUAGGAAAGAAGUCAGAACUGUACUCCCUUGAAUCCAAAGCGGAAAGUUGCCGAUGGCCAAUGAUGUCGUCCUUGGACCCUGAAGGUCCGUCAGUUCACAUAAUUGGACCACACCUUCCAAUUCCCCGGAAAAGAAAAAAAACACAAUAAUGGUUGGAGUCAAGAUGGCCGUCUCUUCCUGGUCAUACAUUUUGAUACUCGCCUUCUUUUUUGUAUAGGAUUACUGAUUUGCAUUCAUGAGAUGUAGGUCUCGAAGCUCGAGAGGUUGUACACUUUCGGGAUCGAUACGAACAUGUUACUCAUUUGCAGCUCAUGGUCAAGGGAAAUCUGCUUUUCCCACUGCUUAGCAUUGGUCUUUGUUUUCCCAGUUGUAUUUAAAGCUUAUUAACGGGUAUCUUUCACUUGCCAUUCGAUUGUUGGGA